AUGUUGAAAUGUUCUUCGUCGAGAGGGCUCACGAGAGUUCUUUCGAAGCCAUUUGCUCCUGAUGUUCUACCAACCUUCCGGUCAAGGGGCCUGGCAACCGUGGUUGAUCCUAUGCAAAAGGAUCCCGCAGAAUUAGAUCAAAUAUCUACUCUUUCAAAUGGCGUUCGAGUUGCGACAGAAGCGUUGCCAGGGCACUUUUCCGGAAUCGGAGUAUAUAUCGAUGCUGGGUCACGAUACGAAAAUGAACAUUUACGAGGAGUCAGUCAUAUUAUGGAUCGAAUGGCGUUCAAAUCGACGACGAAAAGAACGAGUGAUGAGAUGUUGGAGGCGCUGGAAUCAUUGGGAGGAAACAUACAAUGCGCUUCUUCGAGGGAGUCUCUGAUGUACCAGUCUGCGACGUUCAAUUCAGCAGUACCUACAACCGUUGCUCUACUCGCAGAAACGAUACGCAAUCCUCUAAUCACCCAGGAAGAGGUUGAUCAGCAACUGGAGACUGCGGCUUACGAAAUUGGAGAAAUUUGGUCGAAGCCGGAGUUGAUUUUGCCAGAGUUAGUGCAUAUGGCUGCUUAUAAGGACAAUACGCUUGGAAAUCCGCUGUUAUGUCCAAAGGAAAGGUUGUCUGAAAUUGACAAAAGUGUUGUGGAAUCAUAUAGAACAGCAUUUUACAGGCCGGAGAGGAUGGUUGUAGCUUUUGCUGGUGUACAACAUGAGGAAGCUGUCAAGCUGACGGAGCAAUACUUUGGAGACAUGUCGUCUUCAUCGCCAAAUCUAUCACGAACUGGAUCAGAGACAUCGAUUGGGUCGCAAUCCAGCGAAAACAGUAUACCCUCAAAUUCUUCGACUCCACCAACUCCUCCACAACAACCCUCGAAACUUCUCUCCCGAAUGCCAUUCUUCAAAAACCUGUCCACCUCCGCGUCAAAUCAAGCCUCAGUGUCAUCGCAUACCAGCUUGCUACCUUCAUCAGCUGAUUUGUCUUUACCUUCUCAUUAUACUGGUGGAUUCUUGUCACUUCCAGCUUUACCACCGCCACAAGGCAAUCUCCCACCUCUCACCCACAUCCAUCUCGCUUUCGAAGCACUCCCCAUCUCCUCAGACGACAUCUACGCACUCGCAACACUUCAAACUCUUCUCGGAGGCGGUGGUUCCUUCUCAGCCGGUGGACCAGGAAAAGGAAUGUACUCACGACUCUAUACAAAUGUCCUGAACCAGCACGGCUGGGUCGAAUCCUGCGUCGCUUUCAACCACUCCUACACCGACUCCGGCCUCUUCGGUAUCUCAUCCAGCUGCUCCCCCAACAGAGUCACCGCAAUGCUCGACGUCAUGUGCAAAGAACUUCAAGCCCUUACCCUCGACACCGGCUUCUCAUCCCUCCAACAAGCUGAAGUAAACCGCGCCAAGAAUCAGCUCCGUUCCAGCCUCCUCAUGAAUCUCGAGAGCCGUAUGGUCGAACUCGAGGAUCUAGGCCGUCAAGUCCAGGUUCACGGCCGUAAAGUCGGCGUUAAAGAGAUGUGUCGUAAGAUCGAAGAAUUAACUGUUCAAGAUCUCAGACGAGUGGCGAGAUUGGUCGUUGGUGGCAUGGUGAAGAAUAAGGGGGAUGGAAGUGGUGCGCCGACUGUGGUGUUGCAGGAGGGCGAUGAGAGUGGGGUUAAUAGGAGGGAUUUUAAGUGGAGCGAUAUUCAGGAGAGGAUUGAGAGGUGGAAGUUGGGGAGAAGGUAA